AGAAGAAGAUGAUGAAGGUGAUACUCAUGAAGAUGAUUAAGAUCAAGAUUUGAUUUACAUAGGAAAAUGUAGUAUAUCUCGUAAAACUAAUUUAUUUAUAAGUACUAUUCAUAAAACUUUAUUGUGUGUGUGUGUGAAUGAGAAGACUGCAUAAAACAUUAUUUGUUUGAUUUUAAGUUAAUAUAAUACUUGAUGACUCUAUGUUUUAUUAUGGCAUAGUUUUGUGAUAAAUGUUAAAAAUGGUGGAGAUUUGGUGUUAAUUAACAAAAUAGAAGAAAUAUGUUAUUAUUAUUAUUAUUAUUUUUAUAAAUCAUCCUUCUUUGUCUCUGUCAACUGCUUCUUCCAAGUCACUGUCAACAACAACCACCAUCGCCACACAUAGCUUUCACCUUCCAAGCACCGGCAGUCUCGAACCACCGCCAACCGCCACUUCAAUCUCCUCUCCGAUGGGGCAUUUCUCCACUAUGGAUUGAGGAUGAUGGCAGAGCAUUUCCCGUCAGCAAUAGCUCGAUUGUCUCAUGUCUGAAGUAAAUAAAAUGGGAGCUCAACCUCGCGCUGUUCAAGAGCUGGUACUUACAGCAAUUGUCAUCCCAACUAGCAAUACUUCUAUUUCUUCAUAUUCACCAAAUUUGAAAAUAUGGACAAUCCAAAGGACGGAAUAUACAUUAUCGAGUCCAAUUCAAUUGAUUGCUGGAUACAUGGGGAAGAAAAACACGAAAAAACUCCCAAAAUCAGUAUCAGGAUUUCAAAAUCAUGUUACCUUAAGGGAAGAAGCUACCGGAAAAAUAAAAACGAUGCCAAUCACUAACACAAAGUCACAUUUGAGAAUUGAACACUUGAAAAAGCUUGCGGUGUGGACCGUGACUGGCCCUCACAUACUGUCUUUGGCUGCUUUCUUUGGUCACCAUUUGGCCACUGUUUCAGAGGUCGCUAGAGUACCUCCUGAUUCUUCUUUAGUCACUUGCCAGAGGUUCAUGGACGCGUUGAAACACAUCUAAUUGAGGGAGUAGGACACUUUCAAAUGGAAGGACCUGCCUAUGAUGCUCACAUGGUUGAGUUCAUCACUGCACACUGCUUCACAGAUAAAAGCUUGCAUUUGCAUAUUACAACUGUAACUAGUGUAAGACCUGUUGAUUCACACGGGUUCGAUGAUUUGUAAUUGUUAUAUGAAUUCAAUAUGGUAAGUUUGCAUUCGCACCGGUGGUGCAGGAAACAAUUGGGCUAGUAGAUACCAUCAUGUUUGUCACUAGAACAUCAUGUAAUUAGGAUUUCUGUGAUCUUUUUAAAAAAUUUUGUUACUUCCAAUUUCAUCUAUUGAUAAUUUGUUGUGAACUUGCUAGUUUAAAUGCAUGUGUGCUUGAUUGCUUGUGAA